CAGGGCGGUUUAGCAGCCCAUCGGCCGGUCCACGAGCGUCUCUCAUCCUUCCGCACUGCCCCGCUGUGUCUGCGAGUGCGCAUCCUUCGUCCCCUUCCAGCCGCCGUCUCCCUCGCCCGGUCGACGGCGAAACUGGGGUCCACGGAGCUGGCGCGUCCAACUCCGACCCACGAAGACCUCCGUCGACGGCGGCGAAAAUAGGGCCGACUCCUAGAGGUUUCACUUCACAGGUUCAUCAAACACCAGUUGUGGAGACAGCGCCGCCGCUUCCAAUCGCCGGUGCUCUGUGCCCUGCGGAGCCCCCACCGCGGAAACCGGUUGGUGCGCGUGCGUGGAGCGGAGGCCAUGGCGGCGGCGAAGGUCAAAUCGGUCGCCCUCUCCGUCACCCACAAGUGCCGGAACAUCUUGGCUGCCGGUUGGGAAGCCCACCUCAACACUGUCAAGGCCGAUGCCAAGGGAAGCAAUAGUGAGAUUUACUCGUCGAGGGUGCACUACAUGAUCCAGAAGGGCACGCCCUACCUGAUUGUCCCUGAGAACGACAUGCACAACAUUAACAUUAUAAUCGACGAGCGGGGGUCUCUUGCAGUAUGCAGUCCGAUCCGGGGCCGAGUUGCAGGCUUAUUGAAGUCACUGAAGAAGACGCCUCCUCGUGUUGCUAUGACUGGUGAUGUUCUGCGACUGAAAGACUCAAAGGUUCCAAUUAUUGCUGAUAGCCUGAAGAAAGCUAUUCUGAAGGAACAUGAAGCUGCUAGUGGCGCUAGUUAUGGAAUGUCAUCAAUACUGUCUUCGGCUGGUGCUACCUGCAGGUCACGGAGUGAGGGCCUCCUUAGUCUACUCAGUGAGGAGAGCUCUUACAGCAUCUUAAAAUUUGACAUAGGUUCAUGUGUCUACAUAGACUCCAGCGGGAGCAGCCAUAAUAUUGAAUUGGACAGCUUUGAACCACCAAAAGCAGAUCUGCUAAUGCCAUUCUCUGCAAAGCUUGUGGAUGGUAUCAACCGAAAUGACUCGAGGAGGAGGGCACUGAUGAUUUUCUGUUUUGAGUACUUUAAUGUGAUAGCGAGAAACGCUGUCAUGCUUUCCAUUGACCACCACGGUUUUGAUGUCCUCGCCAAAGUGCCUGAAAGAACCAUCCUUACUGAUGUUCCUCGACAAUACCACUGGAAGGAGUUCAGGUUCACAUUCAAGGAACCAGCCAAGGAUGCUGAGGACUUCUGCCGCAUGUUGGUUGGGUUAGAGGACGAGGUUUUGAAGAGCUUGAAGAGCUAUAGCGGUUUAGGGUGACAGCCCACUUGGCAGAAUCUGAAUCUGUGAAGAAUUAUAUCUGACAUUCAGAUUCUGGUACUCAUAUUUGAAGUAUGGUUUCAUGUUGCUGUGUUAUUGGACAAUAUGGUUUCUUGAAGUUUGUAAAAAUUGUUGACAGUGAAACCCUGGAUUGCAAACCCAAAAUUAUAUAUUUAGAUUUUUACAGCCUGCAUGAUUGUUUUUUUGUGCA